AUGGUCGGUCCGCGCAACAAUAAGAAAGAGCCCGCGCAGACACCGAGUGAUCAAGGUGACGUAUCGCGCUUGAACACAAGAUCGCACUCCGUUAUGGCGCAAGGUCACGAUGACUUCAGCGGCAGUCGCCCAGGCUCCCAGCGUAACCAAAACGUUUCAGCUGAUGACGUGUUCGCAUACAGCCCCAACGUCCAACCAAAUGGGGCUCAAACGUCAAGGAACAACGUGUUCUCGCCUAUGGGCCAACCAAGAUUUCCCAACAUGAGUCCUAGCUUGGUAAAUCAGGCACCAAAGCCUCAGGAAGGCUGGGUCACACCAACACUGUCUAACAGACAGCCCACUGGUUUCGCUCAACCCAUGGACGCUCGUCAAUAUCAACAUGCUCUGUCACAGGCAGGCUACCCAUCCUGGGCGACCCUAUCCGACUCUCGUCCGUUCAACCCGGGCCCACCCCAAUGUCCGAUCGCAACCCCGUAUACCCGCUAUCGAGAAGAUUACAAGCAAAAUCUCUCCACCGAUACGUCCGCGGUACCUAACUCCUGGCUACCCCAACUCGAUAUCGACCUCGAUCAGAUGCAUAAUCAGUGUCCCGUACCCAGCCCAUCAAGACCACUACUACAACCCUACUCGAUCUCGUCGUUCAACGAACUCGAAUUACCCACCGGCGCGGCUGUCGCGUCUUACCUAGAAGAAAUCAUAUGGCGACCGUCGACUGGCGCCUACGCUGUACCACAAAACGAAGCGGAGAAAUCGUAUUAUGUCAAGAAGAUCUGUUUCGGUCUCGUCAACCUCUCCAACAUAUGGGACACAGUCGCAGAUGUAUAUCCCUACGCCGUCAAAUUCUCCAAAACGGGUACAUGGGCUGAUCCCAGAGACAUCGAAGCGACCGCACACAUCAUCGUCAGCAACGCUAUGCGCAUCCACAAAAUGGGUGUCGCUGGCUUGCCGUUCCGUCGGUGCGAGGAGUUUGAAUCGCUGAACGCGGAGGACAUGGAUUUUACUUUUCCACAGCGGAUUCAUUACCUCGCGCGGCUGUUCUGGCACUCGAAAGUCGCGGCUGAUAACGUCAUGUUGGGGAGGGAUAUUGCCAAGUAUGUCGCGCUACCACUGACGUCCCUCCGCCAUCUACCGCGGUUUGAACAAGAGUGGUCGAGUAUGUCGGACGAGCAACGCAUAGUGCAGACUCAGAUUCAUCCGUAUCCGCAGGGGCUUAGACAUCCGACUCCUCAGGAGCAGGAGCAGAUCCUGAAGCAUGUACGUAUGUUGCCGUCGCUGUUUAACAACUACAUGGCUACGGGUGGUCAGUCGGGUACGUUUAGUCCAGGUCGAAAGCCACCUGGUGGAUCAGCAGUGCCUGGGAAGCGUCCGGCGGAUGGUGACGGAGGAUACAAGAUGGAGCCUGCAGCUAAGCGCUCUCAUAACUAUGCGCGUUCUCGGAAUGAUCAGAGCUUUGAGAAGUUCCAGUAUGAAGAAGGUCACCGCCCAGGGCUUCCACGAUCCCUUCCCGCUUCGCCCGAAGGUGCAGUCUUGAUGGCCUCAACACUCCGCCAAUCGCAGCUCGAAGACGCAGUCUCUGCUGGUCACUGCGACAACAACAAUCGCCGUUGGAAAGAGUAUGUUCCGCGAAGUAGGGCGAGUCGACAGUCCGAAGAGGCGCCUGUGAUCCACAGUCCAGUUCGGUCCAGAAAGGCAGAGACGAAGACCAAGAGUAGGAUUGUGGAAAUCGAAGAGGAAGAGGAAGAGAAACCCCCCGCUGCGGUGAACGGAACUAAGCGCAGUGAUUCGCUUCACAAGACAAAGAUGAAGACCAACAUAAAUGCGAAGAAGACCAAGCGACAAGCACUGCCACUGAACUCGUUCGGCCUGUACUUUACCGAAGUCACCGAAGCCCGCCAGAAAGCUCGGGGACUGGACUGGCCACCUCGUGAGGACGAGACUUUGCCAAACACCAAAGAAGAGCGGAUAUCAGUUGUCCGUAAGCUCUUCGAAGCUAUCCAAGACACCAGCGACAUCCAGGACAAGAUGUCGAGCCCCAUGCUCAAGAAGCGCUGGCUGGCAGAGAGUGCAGGAGAAUCGAGCAAAGACGGGGUUGGAGACGCUGGGGAGACAAAACGCACACAGAAGAUCGCUACCAAUACAGUGUACAAACCUUGGGUGAAAGAGCGUCUCUGCUGGGAUAUCUUGGUCAGUUUCGCUAUAGCAUACGCAAUUACAGGCGCUAACAUGCACAAGGAAACAACUGAACGCAUCUAUCGAGAAGGCGCAGGGUUCGUUUCGAUCCUGGAUCCUGUCAUGAUCGAUCGCUGCGAGAAAUCACGGAAGCUCACGUUCGAGGAGCGUAUCUCGAAACUUGUCGUAGUGUUGAAGUCAUACAAGAGCCGUGUCGACAAGCUGUUGCGUGGAGGAUGUGUCGAGGAGUAUGUGUUGUGCCCGGAUACUCUCCUCCAGAUUAGCUCGAGCAACCGCCAACAGAACGACGAGCGUCAGAAAGACCUUACUGCUGGCCGAAAGCGCGAAGAUCGGCUCGUCAAGAAGCCCGGGAAGAAAAAGCAGAUUCGUAGGUCUAUCAUCAGGCACAAUGAACUUCACUGA